AUGACACUUCAUAAGGAAAUGGCUUCGAUAUACAUGUCAGCUAUUGAAACAAAGAAAUCUGAUGAGAAUUUUGAUGAAGCUUUAGACGCAUUUGAAUCUGCAAGUCUUUAUCUUCAGAGUCUGAAAAUCAUGCCUUAUAAGAAAAUGGCUUCGAUGUACAGAUCAGUUAUCGAAAGACAUACAUCUGAUGGGAAUUUCGACCAAGCUAUAAAAGCAUAUGAAUCAGCACGUCGUCUUCUACCGAGUCACAAACUUCAUCAGCAAAUGGCUUCCAUGGGCAUGGCAGUUAUUGAAAGGCAUACAUUUUAUGGAAAUUUUGAUGAAGCUAUUAAGGCUUAUGAAACAGCACGUUGUGUUCUAUGGAGUCAUGACAGCAAACUCGAUAAAAAGCUGGCCUGUAUGUGCAUGGCAGUUAUGGAGGGACACACAUCUGACGAGACUUUGGAUCAAGCUAUAAGGGCAUAUGAAUCAGCACGUCGUGUUCUGCCGAGUCACGAUAUCAAACUUGAUAGAAAACUGGCCUCAAUAUGCGUUGCAGUUAUUGAAAGACAUACAUCUGACUGA